AUGGCCUCCUUCCUACCCCGCGCGGCUCCUUGCGCUCUACGCUUCGCCACCCGCCCGGUGCUCCGCGCUCAGCGCCCAGCAGCUCCCCUCUUCCGCCGCGGAUUCGCAACGCCUCCUGUUGCUGAGCAGCCUCGCCUCCGAUUAGGCUCCGUAGCGCCGAACUUCCAGGCCAAGACUACCCAUGGAGACAUUGACUUUCACAAGUACAUCGAGGGCAGCUGGGCGAUUCUGUUCUCGCACCCUGCGGACUUCACGCCCGUGUGUACGACAGAACUGGGUGCUUUUGCGAAGUUGAAGGGGGAGUUUGAGAACAGAGGUGUGAAGAUGAUCGGGCUGAGCGCAAACGACCUCUCUCAACACGACCAAUGGGUCUCCGACAUCAACGAAGUGUGCAACACCAACGUCACGUUCCCAAUCAUUGCCGACGCCGACCGUAAAGUCGCCUACCUCUACGACAUGAUCUCGCAAGACGACCUGGACAAUAUCGCAAAGAAGGGCAUUGCUUUCACGAUUCGCGCGGUAUAUAUCAUCGACCCGAGUAAGAAGAUCAGAUUGACGAUGCUGUACCCCGCGAGCACGGGAAGGAAUACGAGCGAGGUGCUCAGGGUGAUCGAUAGUCUGCAGUUGGGUGAUAAGAAGGGCGUUGUUACGCCGAUUGACUGGACAAGUGGGGACGAUGUCAUUGUGCCGCCGAGUGUGAGCACGGAGGAUGCGAGGAAGAAGUUUGGACAGGACAAUGUCCGUGAAGUGAAGCCCUACCUGAGGUUCACGAAUGUUGGAAAAUAG